AUGCCCGAUGGAACCUCGAGAUUCAAGUGUAAGGGUAAGGACUUGUUGCAUUUUAUGGGAUGUUCCACCUUUUCGCAGUAUACUGUGGUUGCAGAUAUUUCAGUUGUUGCUGUCAACCCUGAAGCUGCUUCCGACAGAACAUGUUUGCUUGGAUGUGGUAUCACCACUGGAUACGGAGCAGCUACUAUUACUGCCAAUGUUCAAAAGGGAGACAAUGUUGCUGUUUUUGGUGCUGGAUGUGUGGGUUUGUCGGUGGUUCAAGGUGCUUUUCAGCGUGAAGCCGCCAAGAUUAUUGUGGUGGAUACUAACGAUGCUAAGGAAGAAUGGGGUAAGAAGUUUGGUGCUACUGAUUUUAUCAAUCCUACUAAAUUACCAGAGGGCACCACUAUUGUCGACAAGUUAAUCGAGAUGACAGACGGUGGAUGUGACUACACUUUUGACUGUACUGGUAAUGUCAAUGUCAUGAGAAGUGCCUUGGAAGCAUGUCACAAAGGUUGGGGUACUUCGAUUAUUAUUGGAGUGGCUGCUGCUGGCAAGGAGGUUUCUACUCGUCCCUUCCAAUUGGUUACCGGAAGAGUAUGGAAAGGAGCAGCAUUUGGAGGUGUCAAGGGUAGGUCUCAAUUGCCCGGCAUUGUCGACGAUUACAUGCAAGGCAAAUUGAAGGUGGACGAGUUCAUUACCCACAGACAUCCUUUGGACAAGAUAAACACUGCAUUCGAAGACAUGCACGAUGGUACUUGUAUUCGUGCUGUGAUUGAGUUGUAA